AACAAAAAUAAGCUUCUAGUUGCUAGUGGUUGUAACACGAGAAAAACAUAAUUUUUGGAAUCUGUAAUCAGAAUAGCUUCAAUGCUGAAAAAGACUAAUUAAAAUUGAAAAUAUGGAAAAACAUCAAAAAGUAGUAAACUUCACAAAAAGAAUAGUGACGAAAAUUCUAUUCUGUCAUAAUAUAUUGUUAACUUUCAAAAUUUCACUCAAACUUUGAUUUGCAAUUGAAACAUGAAAAUUGAUAAUCUUGGCGGGCAUUAUUUUCACCUGUGAGACAAGCUUGCAUAAUGAACGAACAGUGACGAGGGAGUUAUUGAAUUCCUAAUUAAAAAAAAAUGAGAAUCGAUGACUCAUAUUUGCUCUCGUCAAAUCACACCACGUAUUCGGCUCUGACAUGGAGGCAUGACAGAAUAAAAGUUGGAAAAAUGAGUCUCCAGUGGACGUUGAUCGCCUCCUUUCUCUACCUCGAAGUUUUCAUCGUUUUGCUCUUAGUACUCCCAAUAGCAUCGCCGAAAAGAUGGCAACGACUUUUCAGAUCGUCGUUCCUUCAAAGCAUGAGUAAUCAAGCCUCCUUCUACUUCCUCAUGCUCCUUGCGAUCCUCGUUCUCUUCCUCCUGGAUGCCAUAAGAGAAAUUCGUAAAUAUUCAACCGUCGAGCCUGGAGACCAUCAACAUUUGAAUGUCGAAAUGCAAGGUAACAUGAGACUCUUCAGAGCACAAAGGAACUUCUACAUUUCGGGCUUCGCGCUAUUCCUGAGUUUGGUGAUUCGGCGCUUGGUCACUUUAAUUUCGACCCAAGCAACUUUGUUGGCACAGAGCGAGGCUGCUCUGCGCCAAGCGGAGUCGGCAACUACCACAGCGAAGACCCUUAUUUCUGAGAAGGAAUCCGGGGAAGUUGCUCAGAACGAUUCCAACGAAGCUCAUGACAAAGUAGCAGUUGAAUUGAAGAACCGGAUAAAAGAAUUGGAAGGCAAGAACAAAGAGCUGGAGACUCAAUUGAGUACAGAAAAGAAAGAUAAACAAGCACUCAAAUCACAAGCCGAGUCUUUGACCAAAGAGUACGAUCGUUUGAACGCUGAGCAUGCAAAAUUGGUCCAAGCAGAAGGCAGCAACAAGAAGAGCGAUUAGACGAAGUUCCAACAAUUUUUUGCUUCGAGCUAUUGUUCCGGUGAUAUUUGUCUCGCGAUAAUUUGUUACUUCCAAAAAUCGCAUUAUUGCACCUGUACGUUUAAGAUUCUUAUCAUGUUUUAUAUAAUUAUUCGCAAAAAGCGAAUCGAAUUAAUCAUUGAUGGUUUGCCGUAUAGAAAACAAUAUUUUCGAGGAGGCGGCGAGUUCGCCCGUGCUAGCUAACCCCUCGAUUCUCAAUUUCUCGUUCAUUCCCCCCACUUCUCGACACGACUUGACACGGAGCAAACGAAAAUAGCGGCACUUUGCUGCUGUAUCUUAAAAUACAAGCUCUCCUCCCAAGAAUAUUUCGAUAAUUCGAGUUUUCGGUGACGGUCUUUUUUUUCACAUACCGUUUCAACGAUCGUUGCAUUUUCGCUUCUCGCUGCUCAAUUGUGUAUGCAUCAAAGCAUGGAUCAAAAUACGUACUCAUGGUAAAAGAUCAAAUUGUAUUACAAUCGCAUGGAGCUGAUAAAUUUUUUAUGAUGAUUCAUCGUGAUGUCAUUAAUAAAGCACUUAGUUUUCUAAUUUAAUAUGAACGAAAAACAAUCUAUUAUAUGGGGAAUACAAUUACGUUCUCAUACAACAAUCGAGAUUUUAUUAGAAGUUGCUGUACAUAACUUUGACCUUUUCUUCUUGGUUUAUUCAAGUACUUGUCCUCGUUGAGUAUCCAUCUGCGCUUGCCAUGUUUGGCAACAACAUUGUUAUUAUAUCGCGCGCAGAUAAUAAAAUAAAUAUUUAUUUCCUAUA